CCACUGCUUGGAUUUGAAGCAUUGGAAGGUCCAAAAAACUGUACACAGUUUCUGAAAGCAGCAGACUUUCUCUCACUAGAACUCACAGUUGUGAUUGAAGAGAGAGAAGAAACCGUUGGAGGAUCGAGAAUGGCGAGUUCAUCAGCGGCGAAUUUGGAGGACAUUCCUUCAGUAGAUCUCAUGACGGAGCUUCUUCGUCGUAUGAAGUGCUCUAGCAAGCCUGCCAAGCGCCUAAUUCUCGUUGGGCCACCUGGAUCUGGAAAAGGUACGCAGUCGCCAAUUAUCAAGGACGAGUACUGUUUAUGCCACUUAGCUACUGGUGAUAUGCUGCGAGCUGCUGUUGCUGCUAAAACACCUCUUGGCAUUAAGGCCAAAGAAGCUAUGGACAAGGGAGAACUUGUUUCCGAUGAUUUGGUCGUUGGGAUAAUAGACGAAGCAUUGAAGAAGCCUUCAUGUGAAAAAGGUUUUAUCCUUGAUGGAUUUCCAAGGACUGUGGUCCAAGCGGAAAAGCUUGAUGAGAUGCUUAAAAAUCGUGGAGUUAAAGUUGAUAAGGUGCUCAACUUUGCAAUUGAUGAUGCAAUUUUGGAAGAGAGAAUUACUGGUCGCUGGAUCCACCCUUCUAGUGGUCGGUCCUACCACACAAAGUUUGCACCUCCUAAAGUUCCUGGCGCUGAUGAUGUCACUGGAGAACCCUUGAUUCAACGUAAGGAUGAUACCGCAGCUGUUCUCAACUCAAGGCUGCAGGGAUUUCAUAAACAAACUGAACCUGUAAUUGAUUACUAUAACAAGAAGGGUAUUGUUGCAAACCUCCACGCAGAGAAACCCCCCAAGGAUGUGACUUCUGAGGUUCAGAAGGUGCUCUCUUCAUGAAGACAAGGAGAAACCCGCGAGGAGGUCACUGCUGAGGUUCAGAAAGUGCUCUUUUCACGAGGACAAGUCCGUUAUUUUUAUUAUUUUUUUGUUUUGUUUACUUGGAAAUGGAAUAAACCAACAGAAAUUUGAAAUUUUUGCUCGUAUAUUCUGAUUUAUCGUUGGAUCACCAA